AUGGUAAAGAAAGCUAAUGGGAAGUGGCGAAUCUGUAUUGUUUUCACAGACCUAAACCGAGUCUGCCCAAAGGACAGUUUUCCUUUGCCAAGGAUAGACCACCUCAUCAAUGCCAUCGUAGGGUAUGAGCUACUCAACUUCAUGGAUGCCUUCUCCGGAUACAACCAGAUCAAGAUGCACCCCGAAGAUGAGGAGAAAACCUCGUUCAUCACUGAGCAUGACACCUACUAUUACAAGGUCAUGCCCUUUGGCCUUAAGAAUGCCAAAGCAACCUAUCAGUGCCUUGUCAACAAAGUCUUCAAGAAUCAGGUGGGGAGGAAUGUCGAAGCUGACAUGGAUGAUAUGGUGGUGAAGAGCCUGAAAGUCGAAGUGCACACCUCGGACCUAGUCGAGACCUUCACUUUGUGGAGGUACAACAUGGAGCUUAACCCCAACAAGUGUGCCUUUGGCAUCACCUCGGGCAAAUUUUGGGCUUCUUCGUCACUCAACAAGGCAUAG